CUUUGUGGCACCUGGUAGACAAAUGUCUGCACGACAUCUUUGACAGAUAUUCCGAUUUUUGGUUUUGACUUUUUAUUCAAAGUUAAUUUCCUCAUAUUUUGCCAUUUCUUGCGAGCCCGUUAACCCGUUUACCGACAAAAGUAUAAACCAAAAACCAAGCUGAUGAAGCUGCCGGAGAUGCCAAAGAUGCCCAAGAUAAAAAUACCCAAAAACAUCGGCGACCUCAAAAUACCACCGAACAUAAACACGAAAGCCAUAUUGGAUUACCUCCUGAAAACAGUUAAUGAUUUGAAAGAUGAAUUUUCUUCUUCUUCGCCUGAAAGGCGCAUGAAGUAUCCUUACACAUUUACAGCAAAAGUGGCGCAAUUUCCAUUCAAGUUUUAUUAUAAGCACAAUAUCUUGUUUAAAGCUUAUCCUUGGGGAGUUGCUGCAGUCUUACCAUUAUUUUGGUAUAUCUCCAGGAUGUCCAACUCUAAAUCCAACAAGAAAACAUGGAAGGCAAUUCGUCGUCACCAUAAGGAAGAAGCCCGUCACAAAUUUGAUUACGAUUAAUAUGUUGUUAUAAUAAUUUUGAAUCUAUUUAAACCAUCAGUUUCAAUCCAAAUAACGAUA